AUGGAGAAAAAGUAUCCAGCAAUUGCAGGCAGAGAAAAAGGGCCAGGUCCUGGGCGCUAUGGGCUUCCUCCCACCAUUGGAUUUAUGGGCCAUGACUUCACCAAGCCAACCAGCCCUGCCUACUCUUUCCAUGCCAGGAUGAGUGACAAUAUGUAUUGUGUUGACUCCAGUCCAGGGCCUCAGUAUUCCAUUGAUGCAAAAAUGACCCGCUUUGGAAGGGACGGCACACCUGCAUACUCGAUGUUGGGCAGAAUGAAAGCACAGAUAGAGGAGCUAUUCCAGACACCUGGACCAGGUGCAUACAGCCCUGAAAGAGCUCCACCAUGCAACCUCCAGCGAAGGCCCCCUUCCUACACAAUGGGCUCCCGCACACACUACCGCAGCACUGAUUCAGUACCUGCUCCAAACAAGUACUGUCUCCCUCCACUAAUGGGCCCUCAAGUCCCGAACAAGCCAGCCAGUGCGAGCUACACCAUGGCAGGUGCUUUCAGCACAGGAGGGCCAUCCAUGGAUUUAGCUAAGACACCAGGGCCUUGCAGGUACAACAGUACAGACCCAAGUGUUUAUCUGCCCCGACAGCCAGCAUUUUCCAUGCUGGGGCGUCACGGUUUUCCCAGAGAUGCUACCAAGAAACCUGGUCCUGGAACUUAUAAUCCAGAGAAAGUGACAGCUCACAAAGCUCGGGCUCCAGCCUUUUCCCUGGGCAUAAGACACUCAGAAUUUGUCACCCCGCUAGUUGUCAGUGUUUCUGAUUGAACAUCCUCUCCUACAAAAAAGACUCAAACACAAGUUUAUUA